CCGUCGUAAAGGGUAACCAUUCGAGGCGGCUGCUGUUUCUUUGGCUCACUCAACCAACAACCCACCCCCCCACCCCUUUCUAUAAAGACUCUGCCAACCAACCAACCACCGGCGACACCCCCCAACCACAACCACCACUACAUCCACACACCACUUGCAUCCACACACAGUCUCGACGACACCUGCCACCAAACCUUCCUGCCCCGCCCACUGCUAGCCAGUAACACCCACCCCGGCCACACACGCGACCGCGUCACGCGCACCGCCGCACCAAGCCGCCAUCUGCCAUACAUCACCAAAACAUCACCCAGCCUACAACAACCUCCACCCAAAAAGUCGCCGUGCCUGCCGAUCGAGCCAGUCACCCAGCAGCAGCAGCAGCACAUCGACCAGUGUUUGUAACACUUGCACUUUCAUCAUUCGACACCUUCCUUCCUACACCUACACGCCCUUGCCCAGUACCAUGGCCCAGCCCGCGUUUAUGAGCAACAUGUUUGGCGCGCAGCCUACACACGGCGGCCCCUCGGGCUUCAAGCCCAAGCGCAAGCGUGCCGGAUCCCCCGAGUUCGACAACGAGGAGCAGACGUCCAAGCACCACCGCGGCGUCUCGUACGACUCGGACGCGCUCAACGCCUACGGCCCCACGCCGGACCUCAUUCCGGACAACAGCGCGAGCGCGUCGGCGUCCGACCUGAUGGACCAUGACAUGGACUUUGACAUGGACAUGGACAUGGGCGGUAUCCACGAGGAGCCUGUUAUUGCGACCGACUCAUACUCGUACGCCGAGGGCGGAUCCGGCGGGUUCGGCUUUGGCCCCGGCGCCGACGAGGAUGAAAUGGAUAGCGACGACGACAAGGCGUACCCCUCCAUGUACCCUUCCUUCACUGCCCACUCCAACCCCCACCACUUCUCCAACAACGGCGGAUCGUCUGCGUGCGCGCCCUACCCCCUCUCGGCGCAACCGUACUCGACUACCCUACGCGCCCCCGGCCAGCCGGGCCUCAUGCAGCCCUCGCAGGGCUUCGCGCUCCCCGAGGACGCGUCGGCGAUCGAGCGCGCCCGUAACGCCCACGGACCCCACUGCACGUCCAUUCCCAAGCUCCGCAUGAGCGAUUACCCCGACGCGUCGGGGCACCGCUCCCUCUGGUCCGUGUGCCAGGACUGCGGCGCGUGCGAGCGCGCCCAGGUGUGACUGGAAGAUGUCAUCGACUUCCAUCUGUGAAAGUGUACCACUGUGUGCAUAGUGCCACCCCCCAUCCCAUCCCACAACAACAGUAAAGCAGCUGAGCUCAGCUCGGCUGCCAGCGCCGCCCCGGUGGCAGCGCCUCCAUGGACAGUGUCUGUGAAUACCACCAUGAGAAGAUCAUCCACGCCGUCGCGCUGGGCACGGCGUGAAGCAUUGUACGACGUAGGUAGUAGCAGUAGGUAGAGACAGCGCAUGUUGUAAAGCGCAAUGCAUGGUAUCGAUGUAUGCGGUGUGGGCU